AGCCAACUGGGACUUGGUGGUGUAGAAACUAGAAAGAUAAACUACAAUAAAGAGAGAAGAAGAAACCCCAUUACUACUUCUCAAUAAAGAAGCACAUCUUCUUCUUCUUUUUUGGUUGGGUAGAUGGUACAGACCUAAAGAAAGAGAAAGAUAGUGAGUAGUAUUGUAGAGAGAGAGAGAGAGACUGGAACUACUACCCGCCUGAUAAUUGUUAGCUGCUCAUUAGUAGAGUCAUGUAGAAGCUUCAAAUGCCACCUGAAAAUUUACCACAUCUCUCAACAACUACUCUCUAAGACAUGGGAACUUUGGCACCUGAAUCUGAGGUCAUACGCUCAGAAAAAUACUUAGCAUUGGGGCUGAAGGUGUCUGGCAAGCAAAAAUCAGGAAAACCCAGAGUUCUAUCGCUUCUUUCAACACUUCUUGAGAGGUCUGUUCAAAAAACCGAAAGCUUAUUAGAAAGUACUCAAAGAAAAGAUGUGAUUACAUUAUUUCAUGGAUCAAGGACCCCGUCGCUCGGCAUCGAACAAUACUUGGAUCGCAUUUUUAAGUAUUCAUGUUGCAGCCCUUCAUGCUUUGUGGUUGCACACAUUUACAUGGAGCGAUUCAUUGAACACACUAGUGCUCAUUUAACUUCCCUCAAUGUUCACCGACUACUAAUCACAAGUGUGAUGGUGGCAGCAAAAUUCAUUGAUGAUGCAUUCUAUAACAAUGCAUACUAUGCAAGAGUAGGUGGUGUAACCACAAAAGAGUUGAAUAAGUUGGAGAUGAAA